AGUGUUAAAGUUUUUAUGACACACAGACAUGAUUGUCCUCUUAUCAGGCUAAACGUCCUCGUCUGCGCUCCGUGCCCAGUGCGCGCUCCCGACGCACGGGUAACAAACUCUGCCGGUGUUUGGCACAACACCUGGAAUAACUACCUUGGCACACCUGUCUGUAGUCCUCCAUGCGUUUACAGCACGGACCGCGAUCCCUGCUCACAUUCCCUCGUCCGCCUGGAACAGGAGAUUCAGUCACUUUCUUUACUGUGCUCAAACAACCAAGAGUCCAAAAUGAACCCCAGACUAACACAAAGCCAGCAGAGAACAAUCUGCACUCAGCUGGGAAGAGCCAAACUAAAGCUGCUGUACAAGGCCAGCAUCCACGGCUUCACCGGUGCAGCAUUUCACCAAAGAUGUGACGACCGCUCUCCCACUGUGUCUGUGGGCUACAACAACUCUGGUUUUGUGUUUGGAGGCUACACCAAACAACCUUUUAGUCAGUCUGGACAGUACGUGAAUGAUGAUCAGGCUUUUCUUUUUACAUUUAAUGCUGAAAACCUCAUCAAAUAUCCGGUUAAUAAUUCUGCAUAUGCAGUGAAAAUGAUAGCUAACACUGGGCCUUAUUUUGGAGAAGACUUGGUUCUUGUCAGUGGAAGCCAAGCGGUAACGUACAGCAAUCCAGGAAAUUAUUACAACUUCCCUGCUGCAGAGAUGUAUGGCAAUGAUCUCAACCUAACUGAGUGUGAAGUCUACCAAGUGGAGGGAAGCACUGAACUUGAGAGGCCAUGGAGGACUGUAACCUGGGAAUCUAAGAAGAGGACGGAGCUGACUGAGAGCAUUAAAAGCUACAAACCCACAGUCAGCUCUGUGACUCAGCCUCGGGUUUUGCUCAUUGGACCAGUUGGAGCUGGAAAGUCCAGCUUCUUUAACUCUGUCAACUCUGUAUUCAGAGGCCACGUCACCAGCCAGGCCAUAUCUGGCUCCUCCUCCACCAGCCUCACCACACAGUUUCGCACUUACUCUGUGAAAGCUGGCCGUGAAGGGAAACCUCUGCCAAUAAUCUUGUGUGAUACCAUGGGACUGGAGGAGACCAAAGGGGCGGGGCUUGACAUUGAUGACCUCAGCAGCAUCCUCAAAGGUCACCUGCCAGACCGUUAUCAGUUCAACCCUUCAGCUCCUCUGCAUCCUGAGGCCCACGGCUAUCGCACAUCUCCUGGACUCAAGGAUAAGAUCCACUGUGUGGUCUAUGUUAUUGAUGCUUCCAAGGUCUCCAUCAUGCCCACAGGGCUGGAGGACAAGCUGGAUGCUAUCCGCAGAAAGGUCAACCUAAUAGGUAUUCCUCAGCUGGUCCUCCUCACUAAAGUAGAUGAAGCCUGCCCCUUGGUGAAAGAGGAUGUGAGAAACGUUUAUAAGAGUGGCUACAUUAAAGAUGUGAUGCAGGAGGUCGGCUCUCGGCUCGGUGUGCCGUUGUCCUGUGUUGUUCCGGUGAAGAACUACAGCGAGGAGUUGGAGUUGGACAUGAAUUGUGAUAUCCUGUUGCUCAGCGCUGUCAUCCAGAUGCUUCGCUUUGUUGAUAAUUACUUUGAUGAGCUCAGUGACCGAAUGAGUAACAUGCAAACCAAAGACUAGGAGAAGACUGAGGAGAUGAUGUAAUAUUCUGAGCAGCUUUCCUUUCAAAUGAUUUAAUCAUGUACCUGCAGGUGAUCCUACUGAGUACUAGUUCCCUUUGUUAACUGGGGUACUUGAAGGGAGAAAUUAGAAGCUAAACUACUAAUUUGAAGGCUUCUUAUAUUGUGGUUAUUGGGAGAUAUAGUAUCUGUACUUUGUCUGGGGACAUCCAGUUUCUCCCUCCAAAAGUUUGUUGAACUGGUUCUUAAUUUUAAUUGAGCUCAGCAACAGAAAAUAAUGACAUUAAAGGUCAUCAGUCUCAAGAUAAUAAAUUAUUUUGAACAUUGUUAUUA